AUGUGGCCACAGAGUGAGUCAAUUCAGCAUGCUUUUGGAGCAGGGAGGAGGGUAUUUGGUGGCACCUCAUAUCUGCCAAAUGAAGUUCCAGAAGAUCCUUGCAUUCUGGAUUUUCUGUUCCGGCAUCAUAUUUGUGCUUUUAUGGAGAGUGAGAUGAUACUUUGUGAUUCCAGACCUGUAAGAGCUUUCCGAGAUGCUGCUGAUCUUUUAGUAUACUGGCUGCUUGGUUCACCCCCUGGAGAGCUGCGACUGACUCCCGUGCGAAAGCCGGGUGCUUUGCACACCUGGAAAGCAAGCCGCUUACCUGGCUGCUGCUUUGCGCAUACGGGAACGUUACUGCCCGCUGAACCAGGGUGCAAGUUCAGACCGCGUUCGCUCCGCAGCCGUGGGGCGUUCCUGGGCGCCUCGCCUCAGCGCGGGGCGGUGCACCGACAGCCGGAGCAGCUCGGAGCCAGGGACCCGCGCGGCAGGAGCAGGACAGCGGUGUUAGCAGGGCGUCCUGCUCGUGUUCGCGGCGGACCCAAAGCAGAGUGGCAUGCUAGCAUGGCAGCAGUAGCAACAAAAAGAGGAUGGAAGUUGGAACCGCAAGAAGAUGAUAACGUUUCAGAAAUCACUUCAGCGUCUGUUGAAACGCAGCCAGCUCUGCGGAGGAAUAGCGAGAGCAGGGGGCUGUCAUCAGUCACCAAGAACAGUGGACUACUCAAUAUCACCUUUAAAUAUGACAACUGCACGCCUUAUCUGAAUUCAGUGGGAAGACACGUCAUUGGAGAUGUGCAGAAUAUAACUAUCAGUCAGUAUGCAUGUUAUGAACAGGUUGCAGUGACGAUACUUUGGACAGCAAAUGCCAUCGGGAUUGAAUACCUGAAAGGAUUUCGAGUAAUACUUGAGGAGUUAAAAUCAGAGGGAAGACAAUGCCAGCAGAUGGGUUUAAAAGAUCCAAAGCAGCUCAGCCCCAGUUUUAAACGAACAGGAAUGGAAUCCCAGCCCUUUGUAAAUUUGAAGUUUGAAACAGAUUACUUUGUAAAGAUUGUUCCUUUUCCUUCCAUUAAAAACGAAAGUAAUUAUCACCCAUUUUUCUUCCGAACUAGACCAUGCGAAUUGUUGCUACAGCCGGAAAACCUUGUCUGCAAACCCUACUGGAAGCCAAGGAAUCUGAACGUUACCCAGCAGGGUUUUAACAUGCAAGUGUCCUUUGACCAUGCACCUCACAACUUUGGGUUCAGAUAUUACUUUCUUCACUACAAACUUAAGCACGAAGGGCCAUUUAAGCAAAAGACCUGCAAACAGGAGCAAAACACAGAUACUACAAGCUGUAUUCUUCAGAAUGUAUCUCCAGGGGAUUAUAUAAUUGAGCUGGUUGAUGACACUAAUACAACAAGGAAAACAAUGCACUAUGCGCUAAAACCAGUACAUUCUCCGUGGGCUGGACCGAUAAGAGCUAUUGCCAUUACAGUCCCUUUAGUUGUCAUUUCAGCAUUUGCAACGCUUUUCACAGUGAUGUGCCGCAAGAAACAGCAAGAAAAUAUAUAUUCCCAUCUUGAUGAGGAGAGCUCAGAAUCUUCAGCAUAUGCUGCAGGUCUCCAUGUGGAAAGACUUCGUCCCCGGCCAAAAGUGUUCAUCUGCUAUUCCAGUAAAGAUUGCCAGAAACACGUUAACGUCAUCCAAUGCUUUGCUUAUUUUCUUCAGGACUUUUGUGGCUGUGAGGUGGCUCUAGAUUUGUGGGAAGACCUAAGAAUUUGUAAAGAAGGUCAGAAAGAGUGGCUUAUUAAAAAAAUAAACGAGUCCCAGUUUAUCAUCAUUGUGUGUUCCAAGGGAAUGAAAUACUUCAUUGAAAAAAAGAACUGGAAACACAGAGGGGUGACAAAAGAUGCAGGAAAAGGAGAACUCUUUCUGUUUGCUGUGCUGACGGUUGCAGAGAAGCUUCGUCAAGCAAAGCAGAAUUCAAAUGACCUCUGCAAGUUCAUUGCGGUCUACUUUGAUUACUCCUGUGAAGGAGACAUCCCUGGUAUUCUGGAUCUAAGUACAAAAUACAAACUCAUGGACAACCUCCCUCAGCUGUAUUCACAUUUACACUCCAGAGAUCCCAGUGUACAGGAUUCAGAGGUGCUUCCUGUUAACAUUAGUAAAAGGAAUUAUUUCAGGAGCAAAUCUGGGAGGUCCCUUUAUGUUGCCAUUUGCAAUAUGCAUCAGUUUAUUGAUCAGGAACCAGACUGGUUUGAGAAACAAUUUAUUCCCUUCCCUCCACCUUCUUUACGUUACUCAGAGCCUGUCAUGGAAAAAUUUGAUUCGGGCUUGGUUUUAAAUGACUUAGUGAGCAAACAGGUGAUGGAUGGCGAUUUUUACCUGAAAACAGAUGUAAAUAUUACCUCAGCGGGGAAUUCAGACUCUCACUGUAUAAUUCAGCACUUAAACCUUGGAGAAGAUAUAGAAACUCAGGACAUUCAAGGCGGUGGCAGCUCUGUUCUUCAGCCAUUGCUACAUGUUGUUAAAGCUUCAAAUCUUAAAGAUAUGCCUCGAGAUUCUGGAAUCUAUGAUUCAUCUGUUCCUUCAUCUGAAUUAUCUUUACCUUUAAUGGAAGGACUAUUGACAGACCAAAUUGAAACAUCUUCCAUUACAGAAAGUGUUUCUUCAUCAUCAGGUUUAGGGGAAGAAGAACCUCCUGUAAUCACUGCCACGAAAUUCUUAGUGCCUGGAAUAUGUAAAGCAGAACUUCAUUGCCAUAUCCAUACUGACGAACUGCAGGCAAUUGCUCCUUUAUAAUACGUUACAACAUUGUUAUGCAUUGCCACUUUAUCAACAGCCUCUGUUUGUGCUUUAACUACCACGCGGUCUCAGCACUACAUCUACUUGAAGGAACAAAUACUCCCUGAAGAAAAUCUGUUAUUCCUAAGGGAUUUUUUUAUGGCCAGUAAAGUUGAAUCUGUUGGUCUUCAUAUGAAGUCUUCCAUGAGUUGAAAAAAAUGCAGCAUGGAAAAACAGAUGAGAAUACAUUUCAGAAUUGUUCCUAUUGCUAAUGUAAAUGUCAUGAUAUUACACUGUUUACAGAUGCCAUAAUCAAAAUUGACCUUUUUU